AGUUGACAUGAAGUCUGAGUCCAUCAGCUUCUGCUGCAGAUAGAAGAGUGUGGUACUGUGUGUGUGUGUGUGUGUGUGAGUGAGCCUCUUCAUUUACAGUCUGUGGUCGCUUUGAGAAGUGCUGGAGAUGGGAACAGCGUUGAUUUACGAUGAGGAGAUGACCAAAUACAAACUGCUCUGGGUUGAUCCAAUGUGUAAGAUCGAAGUACCCGAGCGUUUAACUGUGAGUCAUGAAGCUUUGGUCAAGAGCGGCCUGGCUGAUCGGUGUGUCUCCGUACCUGUCCGCAAGGCAACGGAUGCAGACAUUCUGCUGGUUCACAGUGAGGAAUAUUUGGAGGCAGUGAAGAAGACCCCUUACAUGACUCUGGAGGAACUGAAGGACUUUACCCUUCAAUAUGGAGAUGUCUACUUCCACCCAAACAUCUAUCACUGUGCCACGCUGGCUGCAGGAGCUGCACUGCAACUGGUGGACAGUGUGAUGACAGGGAAGGUGAGGAAUGGCAUGGCUCUGGUGGAAAUGCAGAAUAGUGACUAUCUUUCAGUCUUCUGUCAUCUCCUCUUGCCGGUUGCAUACGAGUUUUGCCCAGACUUGGUGUUGGUGUGUGCCGGCUUCGACUCAGCCAUUGGUGACCCAGAGGGGGAAAUGUGUGCCACCCCGGACAUCUUUGCCCACCUCACUCACCUUCUCAUGAACCUCGCUGGAGGCAAGUUGUGUGCUGUGCUGGAGGGAGGCUACAACUUGACUUCCCUCGCCCAGUCUGUGUGUCAAACUGUUCAAACGCUGCUCGGAGAUCCUGCACCUCGACCCGUGAAGCUCGAAGGUCCCUGUAGAAGUGCACUCGAGUCCCUUCACUGUGUCCGUUCGGCUCACAGGCAGUACUGGUCCUGCCUCAAACAUGCAGCUGAUCUGCCCACCUCUGACAUCAGCACCAAGCACUUAAAACUGGCAGACGAAGACGAGUAUAGUGAUGACGAGACCGAGUGGCCGGAGCCUGUCAAACGCUUCGCUCCUGCUGUUCGUGCUGCUGUAGUUCUCCCUGAUGCUGUCGCCUGCCCAGACAGAUGUCAUCCCUUCACUCUAUCAGAGGAUCUCGACCCAUUUAUAGUCAACAAACUCAAGGAGAAUUUCCUAAAAGAAGCAGAUGACGGAGAUGCUCUCUCGACCCUCUCCAGACUUAUUAACCUGGUAGAAAGAAUGGAGAAGAAUGAGAUCUGCAGUGGCCUGGCGCUGGUCCCUGAAAUCUCCAUGGCAACGAUGUGUGUUAUCCAGCAUGCUGCAUCUGCACUCAGGAACCGGGUUUUGGUUGUGUGUGUCGGAGAUUGGAACGUUCCGAGUCAAGUCACUGAAGAUGGGAAAACACUUGUGUUGCAAUUCAGCAACAAGGAGUCAGAGGAAAGUAAAAGCAGAUAUUACAUUCCUGUGCAUCUGAAGAAGGGCUUCAGUGAUGUAUCAGGAUUCAUACAGGUUGUGAUGGGUCUCCUCCUGCCUUUGGGUUACGAGUACGACCCCAGUCUGGUUGUGUUGGUUCGGAUGUCCGACAGCGGACUGUGUGACAGCGCGUGGCAACAACUAACAGGUCUGCUGCAGGGCCUCGCACAAGGACACACACUGGUGCUCAUGCAGGACAAUGAGAAGGAAUGUGUCGGACCCACUGUCUCCUCCCUCCUCGGGGACCCUGCUCCCUCUUUAGGGCCACUCCUGGCCCCUCUAUCAGAGGAUGUGGAGUCUGUGGAGAAACUGAGAGACAGGCUGAAGGCAGAGUGGAAACUCCUGCAGAACACAGCUCAAGACAAAGGAAGAGAUGCUGAGGACCAAAGCUGAUCCUGCUCUUCUUUUUAAUUAAUGAAAACAUUGUGAAUCCCAUGAUUGAUAUAAUUCAUAUACUGAGAGGGCUUUUGAUACCUGCAUUACAAACAUGACAACAACCCAGUUUGAAAGCUCUCAAAUGUUUUCUAGUAACAUUUGAGAAAAUUGGACAAACACUGAUGAAUUCUGAUGAGAUGAAAAGUACAAGGUGAUUCUUUUUUCCUAUCUGCAACUCCAUCUCUAAUGUGUUUGUGAAUAUAUUUGAUCACAGAUUCCUGAAAUUAAAAACAGACUGAUUAUUUACCAGCUCCAUUAAUCCAUGGACAGAAUUAUAGAAUAAUGAUCUCUAAUGUUCUCAUUACAUUAUCAUUUGCUUAAGCAGCAUAAAAUAGGUAAAUGAAUGGAAUGGAUAAGCCAGGUGAAAAAUAAGUAAUUCAUUCUAUCGUCUACUGUGCACGUCUUUACCUGAUCUCCUCCACUUUAUGUAACAGACUCAGGACUGGUACUUAGCUGCUAAACUGUUUUUGAUAAAAAUAUGAGGAUGUAAAAAUAAUUCCAUGUGGGUUUACACACGCUGCACAAUGAAUAAACAAACAACAGAGGGGGAUUUCCUGGAUGGGUUUAGCUAAAACCACAUACAGAAAAUGUUGAUAAGUGAUAUUACUGCCCACUGGAAAAAUAAAUAUAUGAAGACCUUUGGAAA